AUGAGCAAGAAGUACGGCAAGUGGGGAAAAGUGCUCGGUUCGGGCGCUGGGGGAACUGUGAGGCUUAUCAAGGCUAACGCUAAGGCUGGGGGGAGGACGUACGCUGUCAAGGAGUUUCGCCCUAGGCGGCCGGGGGAGAGCGAGAAGGAGUAUCAGAAGAAGGUCACCGCGGAGUUUUGUGUGGGUUCGGCACUGAAGCAUGUUAAUGUCAUCGAAACGGUGGAUAUCGUGACCGAUCACGGGCAUUAUUAUGAGGUCAUGGAGUAUGCUCCGUUUGACUUGUUCAGCGUCGUCAUGUCCGGCAAGAUGACCCGUCCGGAGAUCUACUGCGUCUUCCGGCAGAUUUGUGACGGCGUAGACUACCUACAUGGCAUGGGGCUCGCUCACCGAGAUCUCAAGCUCGACAACUGCGUCAUGACCACCACAAACGUCGUAAAGCUGAUCGACUUUGGCACCGCGACUGUCUUCCACUACCCUGGCAAGGCGCUUAUUCCUGCCUCGGGGAUCGUUGGUUCAGAUCCGUACCUCGCGCCCGAGGUGCUCACUGCCCCCGUCUACGAUCCUCGCAAGACGGACGUCUGGUCCAUAGGAAUCAUCUUCAUGUGUAUGAUCCUGCGCCGCUUUCCGUGGAAGAUC